AUGGAAGCAACAUCGACAAGUAUCAGCCAUUUCAAUCUUGGAAAUAUGCCGUCCAUACAAGACGAAAAAUCAACUGCUACGGCGCAUGAUGUAGAACACCAUUCGGAUUUUCGGAAAGUAACAACAAUUAUCGAAGGCUCAACGCAGCUGUACGAAGAUGGAAAGCUGGAUUUUAUUCCCAUGCCUUCCGGUGACCCAAAGGAUCCCCUUAACUUACCACAAUGGAGGAAAAUUCUCAUCCUCGUUUCACUCUGCUUCUUCGGCGCAGUGUCUCUGGUCGCACAGCAGAUUGUGGGUUCCCUCCUGCCAGUAUUUGUGCUGGUUUACGCCGGUUUGGACCCGAGUAUUCUCACCAACGGUGGUGGAGGUGCCGCCUUUGGUCCACCCGUCGGAAUUCCCAGUGGUAUCUCUAGUGUGUUUCCGCCUUUCUCAACAGGUGCUUCGCUCCCGUCUGGAUUUCCAACCACUUUUCCCGCGUCAGGCGCUUCGAUCCCCAGCGGCUUCCCGACGAACCUUCCUGCAGGUAUUUUGAUCCCCAGUGGCCUCCCAACCAGCUUGCUAGCUAGAGCUACCUUUCCAACGCCCGUCCUAGCCGGCGUUCUCCCGUCUGGAGUAACCAAGGCUAGACAAGAUUUCAGUGAAAUUCCCAGUGGUCUCCCGACAAGUCUUAUCCCUGGAGCCUCCGUCCUCAGUGGAUUCCCAAGUGGAGCCAAACCUUCUGGUAUCCCAGCUGGCGCAGUCCCAUCAGGAAGUCCUCCUAGUGGGACAAGCAGCAACCUACUUGACAGCCUAGCUGGGCUGCUGGCCAUGAACCCAAAUGCCCCUUCUCUUGCCGAAGUCAACCGGCUUGCUUCUCUCCCGGUCCUCAUAGUUGGCCUUAGCAAUUACGUUCUUGUUCCUCUAUCGAUUGCCAUUGGUCGACGACCUGUGAUAUGCCUUUGCGGUCUGCUGGCGUGGACGUGCACUCUUUGGGCAGGGUUGAGUCAAUCUCUAAAUUCACAUUUGGCAGGGCUUAUUACACUACCGCUUGGUAUCGGCUCGUCAUACAUCAUCGCCAAUCUGAGCUGGCGUUGGCUAUAUUAUAUUCUUGCAAUUUUAACUGCAGUAUCUUGGGUCAUGCUUCUGGCAUUUGUGCCAGAGACUCGAUGGCAGCGAAGCACUUCCGAGAUGCGAGGCGCAAGUGAAACCCUGCGGCCAGGUGAGCGAAGACCACCAAUUGAUGCAGCUCGAUACGGCGCGCGCACCUUGAAAACAGACCUCACUUUCUUCACCAGCCUCCGAGCUAAAGAUGCCGCUUUGUCGUUUGUUGAAAUCGUUGAAUCCCUCAUCUUCCCCGGGUUCAUGUGGAUUGUCCUCCUUAACGCAGUCUUCAUUGGUGCCUCUCUCGCAAGUUUGCAGACUAUGACUACAGUGCUCUUCGCUCCUCCCUACAACUGGGAUUUUAAAUACGCUGGAUACUCUGUUGUUUUGGUCGUUGUUGCUACUAUCUUCGUGUACGCCAUGGGAAGUUAUUGCGCUGAUAAGGUCGCGAGUAUGAUUACAAAACAUAAGGGUGGCAUACGUGAACCGGAGGUCCAUCUUUGGAGUCUGAUCUUCCCGCUGUUUUGUGGCAUUUUUGGAUGCAUCUUGUUUGGUGUUGGCGGGACCUACGUCUACAAAGUACACUGGAUAGCAAUUCUCUCCGGUACCGCGUUCCUUAACUUCGCAUUUUUGACAGUCAACAUUAUCGGCUCUGUCUACUGCAUUGAGAGCUAUCCAAAAUGGGCUGGGUAUGUCUUACUUCAACUCGCAGAUUCUGUCAUUGCCGCAUCUCAACUCAAGGUUAAAUCUCCGCUAACAACUUUUACCAGCCCCGUUCUUGUCAAUGUUGCAGGAUUUCGAAACGUCAUUGGCUUCGCAUUCACCUACGGCGUUACGGACUGGGUGCAAGCACGCGGUUACAUGGGCUGCUUCGGCAUCUACGCUGGCUGCAUCGCAUUGCUAUGCGUACCAAUGCCAUUUGUGUGGAAAUUUGGGAAGAGGCUUAGGAGACGCGCUGGGAUGCUAACAAGGAAGACCUCGCAUUCAAUGUAA